AGAGAGUACCAUUUACAACGACCGCUCCACAACUAAUGGCAUGCGUGCGCAUUCACGCGCUUUGAAGCAGAUGGUACCUAAGCUCCUAAGACAGGUUAGGAACGAUGCGUCUAAACAGUUCGCAACAGCGCUGUGUUCACUGUGAUGAAGAAAAACAAGGCAACCCAAAAGUUUAGUUCAGUCAGAAGGUAGUUAUAACAGGAGGACUCCGCGGAGAUCAUGUUGUGAGUCCGAGGAGCGGAGCGGGAUGAAGUCGGUGAGACGGAGCACGCGCUUCUGCUGCUGCGGGCUCGCGCUCCUCGCGCUGCUGUGGCUCGCGCAGCUCCUGCAGCUCACAGAGAUCAAGUCUUCGUGGCCAGAAACAGACUUUCCCAGACGCAGGGUCCUGCAGUAUGGCAUCGAAAAUCAAACCAUUGACACUCCAAGAGCAGCAAUUCAUGAGUUCCCUGAGGACAUCUUCACCAAAGAGCAGCGCAAGAGAGGAGCUGUACUGCUGCAUGUGCUCUGUGCUGUCUAUAUGUUCUACGCACUGGCUAUCGUUUGUGAUGAUUAUUUUGUCCCAUAGCUGGAGAAGAUCUCAGAG